AUGAUCAAUUUCAAGUGUUGGAGUGGUGUGAAAUCUAAUGCACCUAUAUUUGUCUACUUGGGUGCAGAAGUAGCAAUAGAUGAGAGUCCUAAUUCUAUAGGGUUUAUGAUCCACAACGCAUCUACCUUUAAAGCUCUCCUAGUGUUUAUUGAGCAUCGUUACUAUGGUAGAUCAGUACCAUUUGGAUCCAAGGAAAAGCAUUCAACAAUGCAAAUUUCUGAUCACUUCUACUUUAAUCCAGAAAGUUAUCGUAUAUUUGAUCAACGAUACAUGAUCAAUUUUAAGUGUUGGAGUGGUGUGAAAUCUAAUGCACCUAUGUUUGUCUACUUGGGCGCAGAAGUAGCAAUAGAUGAGAGUCCUAAUUCUAUAGGGUUUAUGAUCCACAACGCAUCUACCUUUAAAGCUCUCCUAGUGUUUAUUGAGCAUCGUUACUAUGGUAGAUCAGUACCAUUUGGAUCCAAGGAAAAGCAUUUAAAAAAUGCAAGUACACUUGAUUAUUUCAAUUCGGCUCAAGCACUAGCGGAUUAUGUCGAAGUAAUCAUACACAUUCAAAAAACAUUACAUGCCAAAAACUUGCCAGUAGUUGCGAUUGGAGGAUCAUCCGGUGAAAGUUAG